UUCAUGGAAGAAAAAUAAAACAAAACAGAGAUAUUUUUCCAGCUGAAAAGAACAAACAUCUCUCAUUGUUCUUCAGUGAACUUGCACCAAACUUCUUCGCAUCUUCUUCUUCUUCUUAUUCACAGACACAGACUUAGUUUUUAUAUUUUUCUUGCAAGAAACACAAACUCACAAUAACAUCAUCAUGUCCUCAAGAUUACAUCCUCUGUUUCAUCUUCUUAUUCUUCUCAUUCUUUUCAUUAGAACACAUAGAUGUUUCUCUUCUUCUUCUUCUUCUUCUUCUUCUUCUUCACAAACACUUGUUCUGCCUCUAAAGACCCGAAUAACUCCAAUGGAUCAUCGACCCACCGACAAACUCCAUUUCCACCACAACGUCACUCUCACCGUUACUCUCACCGUCGGAACUCCUCCUCAAAACAUCUCCAUGGUCAUUGACACUGGCAGCGAACUCUCCUGGCUUCGCUGCAACCGUUCCUCAAACCCAAACCCGGUAAACAACUUCGACCCGACCCGUUCCUCCUCUUAUUCCCCAGUCCCCUGUUCCUCGCCCACUUGCCGUACCCGGACCCGAGACUUCCUCAUACCCGCUUCCUGCGAUUCAGACAAACUCUGCCACGCCACUCUAUCCUACGCCGACGCCUCCUCCUCCGAAGGGAACCUCGCCGCCGAGAUUUUCCACUUCGGAAACUCUACCAACGACUCCAACCUCAUUUUCGGGUGUAUGGGAUCCGUAUCCGGAUCCGACCCGGAAGAAGACUACAAGACAACCGGGUUAUUGGGUAUGAACCGUGGAUCCCUCUCUUUCAUCUCUCAGAUGGGCUUCCCCAAAUUCUCGUAUUGCAUCUCCGGCACCGACGAUUUCCCCGGCUUUCUUCUCCUCGGCGACUCUAAUUUCACGUGGUUGACGCCGUUAAAUUACACGCCGUUGAUCAGGAUCUCGACGCCGUUACCUUAUUUCGACCGUGUCGCUUACACCGUCCAGCUCACGGGGAUUAAGGUUAACGGUAAGCUUCUACCCAUCCCUAAAUCGGUUCUCGUACCGGAUCAUACCGGUGCUGGCCAAACCAUGGUUGAUUCCGGUACCCAGUUUACUUUCUUGCUCGGACCAGUUUACACCGCUCUUCGUUCGGAGUUCUUAAACCGGACUAACGGGAUAUUAACGGUUUACAAUGACCCGGAUUUCGUUUUCCAAGGAACCAUGGAUUUGUGUUAUCGGAUUUCCCCAUUUCGGAUUCGGGCCGGGAUUCUCCACCGGUUACCAACAGUUUCCCUGGUUUUCCAAGGAGCUGAGAUUGCGGUUUCAGGUCAGCCACUAUUGUACCGAGUCCCACAUCUGACGGCUGGGAACGAUUCCGUUUAUUGUUUCACAUUCGGAAACUCCGAUCUUAUGGGAAUGGAGGCAUACGUGAUUGGACAUCAUCAUCAGCAGAACAUGUGGAUCGAAUUUGAUCUCCAGAGAUCAAGAAUCGGUUUAGCUCCGGUACAAUGUGAUGUAUCCGGUCAGAGACUCGGAAUCGGAUCAUAAACCAUAGAUAACAUUCUCUUUGUGUAAUUAUAGUUUUUUUUUCUGCCUACGUAGUAGUAGUAAUGGAGUAGAGUGAGACUAGUUUACCAACACGUGCGGAUGGGUAAUAAUUUCGAGUUGUUACUUGUUACUUACUCCUCUUCGCUGUCGGUUUUGAUUUUGACAUGGUACUUACUCCUCUUUGCGUAAGUAAUUAGUUGUUACUUCUUCUUUAAUCGUCAUCAAUUUUGUAUCUUCAGAAUCACGAAAUAAGAUCAUUAUUAGGCCGA